AUGGGUCCUGCGAAUUCUGCUGUUGUUGGGUGUAUGAAAAACACAAGGAAAUUGGAAAAGUGGAGGAAAAAUAUUUGCACAGAGCAUAAUAGUCAGCCUCUAACUAAAGGAACUUGUGCCUCCUGUCAACCACCACCAUAUCGCCUGUUUUGUUUUCCCAGUACCAAUCGUUAUUUAGCUAAUCGUUUGGAAUGGGUACGGAGAGUUAAGAGAGAAAAAGAUGAUAAAUCUUCGUGGAGUCCACGUAUGGUUUUUAGAGAGCCUGUUCCUCGAAGAGAUCUCAAUCGACAGCAUCAGCCACGUCCUAAAAAAGCCAAAAAGCGUACCUUGUCACCUGGCACAUCUGAUCAGUCAAGUCAGGGAGACCACCAGUAUUGCAGACAAGAGAAUACAGAGCCAUGUCUUUCUUGUUUUGACAAGCAGGAAAAGUCACAACUUUACAUGGGUGCAAAUAAAAAGGGACAAAAAAUGGUGUUUUUUACAGGUGAAUUUCUUUUGACUUUGAUGAGACUUCGCUUAGUCCUUCUUAACGAAGAUCUUGCUGACCAAUUUAACAUCUCUCUAGCAACAUGUUCAAAUAUUUUCACCACUUGGGUACGUAUCCUUAGCAUUGUCCUUGGCAAUUGCUUGGUAAACUGGCUUCCUCGAGAGGCUGUUAGGGAUCAUUUGCCAAAUAUUUACAAGAAAAUGGGACAUUACAAGCUGCGCUGCAUUAUUGACUGCACAGAAGUUUUUAUCGAAAGACCAAAAUCUUUAGAGCUUCAAGCACAAACCUGGUCAGAUUACAAAAGUCAUAAUACAAUUAAAUUUUUAAUUGGAAUUUCUCCUGCUGGUUUCAUCACUUUUCUGUCAGAUUGUUAUGGUGGUCGAACGUCUGACAAGUGCAUUUGUGAGGAUAGUGGGUUUUUUGAUGCGCUGGAAAGAGAUAAUGAAAUAAUGGCAGACAGAGGGUUCCAAAUAAAAGAAGAUCUACUUUUAAGAUUUUGUAGUUUAAGUAUUCAACCAGGUGCUAGAAUAAAAGCGCAAAUGACCACUGAAGAAUGUAAACGUAUUAAAAAUGUUGCAAAUUUGCGGAUUCAUAUUGAACGAGCAAUUAAUCGCAUGAAAACGUUUCGCAUUCUCAAGUAUGUGUUAUCAAUCACCAUGCUUUAA